UUGUUACUCUCUUCCUGCUAACAGUGGUGGAUACAACAACAACAACACUUUAGUUGACAUGUUGAAAUUGGUGAAACGAGUCAUAGAAAACGAUGGAGCCAACGAAAAGAAUUCGCUGGUGAAUAUUAUUCUUAUCGAAUUGGAGUAAUGUUUACGCGUCGUACUCGUAUUUUCAGAAUGACUACAGCUAGUUCUAACAGCCUUCUGGCUCUUAGUGCUCUCUCACCAACAGCCGGAUAUCAUCUUUCAACAUAAGACGACAUUAUUAGAGGUUAGCAGCAAGCGUACCGAACCGAUCUAUUUACCCUUUCCACGGAUGCUGGUUCCGCUAAAAGUGGCUAAACGAGACUCUCUGUAUCUCUGUUUUGCACACAUACCGAACUGUUUAGAACGCGUUACUUCGAAAUCAAUUUACAGUCCGCACGAAAAGCUUUUCCGGUGGCUGUAAGUCGCACGAUCAGUAAACGGUGACUAAUGUUCAUUUCCUGCCGAUAGUCAGCAGAUUUUGACUUAAUCGGCUAGAAGAGGAGCAGCUGUGUGCCUCGACAUAAAACAAUGACCCAGUGCAAGUUUUGUAACUCUACGGCUCAUUCUUAUGAUCGCUGUUUUGAACGAAUGCAGAUAGACUCCGGCGGCAGGUGUCCACGAUGUGAUGCAUUCGGUCAUUCCUGGAGAAUUUGUACGACAGCGCAACAAGCCGCAUGCGGUAUGUGCGAAUCCCAGGGUCGGGUGACGGAAACGUGUUUUCAUUUGCGUAAAGUUAUCAACUGCCGACAGGCACAAGAAGCUAAGCGUCAAUCGGUCGCAAAUCUGGAUGAAAAUUGGAGCAAAAAUAAGGAGGAGAAACGGAAACUAUUUUCUGUAGACAGCAGUACCAGUUUAAAACUUGAAAGCUCAGAACAUCAAACCAUGAGUGACGCCACAAAUGAGUCGAGCGGGUCAGAAAAUGGGUCGGAAGAAGAAACGCUGUUCCGGACUCCGCCACAAAGUAGCGGCAGAAAUCACCUGGCGUCAAUGACAAUUGACCCCAAUGGAAACAUCACCAUCGAGGCUAGCCCAGAUCAACUUAUGGAAAUUUUAGUAAUAGCCAACUCUUUGAAGCAAAAGUCUACAAUGGCAGCAAGCGCCUCUAGUCAGGAUCAGAAGCCAAUACCAGAGCUCAUCGCAGAUGCAUUCAGUUCCUUAUCGCUUUCUUCAACCGGGUCUUUAACUAGGGAUGUAACAGAAACGAUAGCGAAUGAACAGAUCGGCACAGUAAACAUUCACAAUAAGCAGUCUUCAAACAUGACCCAAAAACAUGCACAAGACACGGGAUCCCUUAAUUCACAGUCGGACGUUGCGUCGGACGCACCAGCCUCUGUUCAAGAGAGUCAGUCGGUGAAGCCUAAAGUAGUGAAAACCCCCACAAGUACUUCAUCCACCACUGCUUCCGUUUCAACGGAUGCUUCACUGUUAGGAACAGCGGGACCAUUAUCUGGGGACUAUAAGUCUGGUAGGCGAUUCGUAGAAGGUGAACCGUUUCUUACUGAGCAAAACUACAUCGAGACACUUCAGCUGUACGAAAAUGACCUGUGGCCAACUUUCACGCCAUUCGCGUGUCCUAACUGCAGCGUCUUAGUCGAUACAUUCGAGGGGGUUGUUCUCAAAAAUUGUCAAGUGCAUAAAACCUGUCGAGAGUGUCUAAGAACGCGUAUUCUCAACUCUCCGGUCAAAGAAGUCACCUGCCCGCAGUAUGCAGAAUGCAUGGCAAGUGUAACGGAGCUUGAAAUUUUUGAGCUGCUUUCUGACGAGAUGGAAAAAGAGAGUUAUAGAAAAAAACCUUUCAGAAUCGACGCUGAAAACAAUACAUCAAACUUGCAAGUAUUUCUACUCGAUCACGACAUUUUGCCGAACCUUGAGGCUUUCGAAUGCCCCGUGUGCCUAGAAAAGAUUCCUGCGUUAGAAGGGGUUAUUCCGAAGAACUGCGGAGAACACAAAAUAUGCAGGGAGUGUCUUCGUGGCGCAAUCAACAACUCGGACUCGCCAUUAGUCAACUGUCCAGCCGAAGACUGUGACGCACAGCUUCAAGAUCGCGAAGUGCAGUUGUUGACCACCCCCGAAAAUUAUCAGGCCUUCUUAAAGAAGGGUCUUCAACGGGCCCUUACCCUAGCAAUGCGGUGCAUGACUCCGAACUGUAACGGAGCGUGGUUUAUAUCAUCUGAAGGUAAUGGUCGCUUUUUAUGUGAAGUGUGUAAUAAAGUUAAUUGCUCAAAAUGCAAAGUUAUUCAUGAGGAAGAACAAACAUGCGAAGCAUAUCAAGCGGACCUCGCCAUUAGGAGACAGAACGAGGUGUCUGAAAACGAAUCAAAGGCAUACCUUGAACAACGACUGAAGGACGGUUUUGCAAUGAUCUGCCCGAAGUGCAAUGCAAUCGUUGAGAAAACUGAUGGCUGCGAUGGAAUCCUAUGCACAGUCUGUCGUACUGAGCUCUGUUGGGCCACCAAGGGUUUGCGCUGGGGCCCUGGAGGCAAAGGCGACUGGGUUGGUGGCGGAUGUCGCUGCUGGGUCAAUGGCCAAAGGUGUGCGCCUCAUUGUCACAACUGCCAUUGAAUCGCAAUUGGUUGAGAACGAUAUCGCUAUAUGUUUUUGUAUAUUACUAGUCGGUUCUGACUUCAAUUAUUGUUGCAUGUUUACCGGUAUGGAAUCACAGUACUGGCAAAGUUCUUUCAACAGAUUUGACGUGUGUUCCACGCUUUAAACUUUUCUGCUUUCAAUUAUGCUUCUUCAAGCUUUUUCACGCUUUAACAUCAUCUUUUUUAUUUAUCAUCUUAUAUAUGCACUAUGAGAGAAAGCCUUGAAGAUCAUCUGUUAUUUUUACAAAUGUAAGCCUUACCCGGUAAAGAUAUCGCAGUUUUAAAGGUGGAGACGCCACAGCCACUUCGAGCUGUAAACCUACCCCAGAUAUACGGGUAUAGUGUCUUCAGUUUCAUACAGUUUCGGGGCGUUGAAGCUUGAAACUUCAGCCAUUCUACAUGAGCCUUAAGAUUCGUUGAGAUAUUCGUCUCAUAAAGAUACAUCUUAUCCCCUCUUUGUUAUUUUUUUAAAUGAAAACCAAAGAAAACCGAAGAUUGAAAAGCUAGAAUUAUUAUUAUAGAAAUAUUGUUUUAGCAGUCCGGGAUUGGCCAUGCUAAAUGAAUUUUACACAAAAAUUAGUACAACGCAAAUUAGAAAAAAUAAAGUUAAACAAGUGUUUCGUGCGCGGCCGAGUAACAGUUAAUGGUUUGGAAUUGCAGGCUUCAUAAUUUACUCAAAUGCUAAAAAUUACCCCAAUAAAUGAUAAUAACAUUGUUA